UCCAAACACUGUGUUAAGUGGAUUGAAUUCAAAACGGUGCGCAUGAUAGAGCGGAAACUCUGAAAUUAACCCUAGAAAGGGCCAAGUUAACCGCGAUCUCCAACGCGAGGUAAAAACGAUUUAGGCGGGAAAACUCCAAAACUCGCGCACGACACGACCCCUUCAACUGCCCCCUCUCCGAAUCAUUUGGAGCAUAAUUUUCGUUCCCUUCAGUUUCUGUCUCUGAAAGCUAUCUCUCUCUAAAACAAUGAUCGGCCAUCGCCGGACCCGUGCUUCGUCGGCGAGCGAGGCCGCCGGGAAAGAAAACCGGCCAGUGGCAAAAGAAGCAAUCGCUGAGGAGCCAGUGGUGGUUCUGGACGAGCCUGAUUUGGAAUCGGAGGUUGCGAAACUACGUGGACGAUGGGAGCUAGCCUCCGUCCUCAAUUUCCUCAGCGUUUUUGAGCCAGUGAUUGGGAGUGAUUUGAAACUCUCUGCGGAAGAGAUUGAGAUGGGUUUGAUUAAGCCUGACGGUUCUCUUGCUCAGCUGCACAUUGCGAUUUUGAAGGGAAUACCACCUGUAAGUAAACCAGUGAAGGGUCCUGAUGCGUGGGUGACUGCACUUUGUAAGAAACUUGCUGUUUGGUGGCCAUGGGUAGCUGAAGGGGAGAUUCCACUAAUGGCAGCUAAGGGAGGGGAGAUUUCAAAAUACAAAGAGCUAGAUCCAACAAAUCGUUUAUUGAUAUUGAAGGCACUUUGUGAAGUCCGAGCUGAUCAAGAUGAUACACUGUCUUAUAUAAAUGAUGCUUUAAAACAAGGAAAUCAAAUAUCUUGUUUCCGCAAAGAUAAGAUAGGAGGAGAUGGAAAUGGUAUUACCUAUUGGUAUGAUGGAAACAAAACUAUUGGCCAUAGAUUAUAUAGGGAAGUAAAUAUGUGUCAGUCAAAGAGAAACUCUAAGGGUAAGCAAUGUUUAUCUCCACCAACUAUCAGUUCUCAGUGGGAAACUCUUGCAACCAAUCUUGAGGAAUUUCAUAAAGUUGCGGAUGAACUCUCAGGUAGCAAUGUUGUCGUAGAAGUUGAUGUUGGUAAGACAAUCGAAACUGAUGCAAUUCCUGCUCUUGAGAGACUUAAGAAGAAUAAAGAAAGGGCACUGAAACGAAAGCAAAGGCAAGAGAUGCUUGUGAAUAAUUUUUGGAAUCCUCAUGUUGCUGGAAUUACUCGUUCCUGUCGCACUCGUAGGCCAAUCAGCUACACAUUUGAUGAAUAUGACCGGGCCAUUGAUGAGGCUAUACUACUAACAAAAAAAGGAAAAACGGCUAUAGAGCAAAGCCAAGAGACGGACACUGAUUCAAAAGACAACUCUGGUAAGAAAGGUGACUCCAUGGAUAGCGACACUGAAAGUGACGUGCUUCAAGAAGUUGGUAUUGAUGAUGAGAAAAAGGAUAGCGAUUAUUGUGCAAAAAUGGAUGAUGAUGGUGGUGACUUUGAAAAUUCUGAGGCAGACGGAGAUCAUGCAAUGCUUCACUCGCAGAAGGCGAAUGGUUUUAGUACCCAGGAGUAUAGUGGGGAGCGCUGGAGUAAGAGACUAGCUGGAGCCACAACCGAUGUUGUUGCCGAAACUAGAAGCUUGGGUACAAACAAUAGGUUGAGACAAAGACCCACCCUAAAUUCUGCCCUUGACUCUAAUGUUGUACCCGAUUCAGAGGAUGAAGACGUACCAGAAAAUACUAAGCAAGGAAUAUCAGAAGGUGAAACCCCCUCCCCAGGUGCUGAUGCAGAAGAAGUCAGUGACAGCUAAAAAGACUUGAAUGUGAGACCUCUCAUGAAUUUUGAAGCACACGUUGUAUAAAGUUGCUAUGGAGAUUUGUAUCGUGGGACCGGGAGCUAAAUUGUUUGUUUAAAUGCCUGAAAGAAAGAAAGAAAGAAAGAAAGACGGCCCAUACAAGGUUCUAGUCUCGAGAUCAACUUUUUUACUUUUGAUUGCCUUGGCCCUCAGCUGAUGAAGAAUUAGUUAUCUGAUUUGCCUCAGAAACCAUUUAAGUUAUAUAUAUGUUGAGUAGGUAUUUUUCAUUGCA